AUGAGGUUUUCUGCAGUACACGCCACGCAGUUUUAUUAUUUUGAGUGUACCAAGAAGCAAACAAACACGGUUGGAAUAGGAUCCAAAAGAAAAAGAAAUACGGUUUGUAACGAGGAGGACACUUUUCAAGAACAUGCAGUUUCAAGUUACCACCACCGACACAAACGUGAUAAAAUAGUCGAGAAAGAACUUGAUGUGGAGGAAGAAGAUGGAGAGCAAAUAGUGGAACAUAACUUCCAGUCCACGAGCUCUUAUAAACUCAAUAUUAAAACUGCGGCGAUUCAUCAGGUUAAUCAUCAGGAAAGUGAUCACACGCGCCCUAACAAAUCAAAGGAUCUGCGUUCAUCUGAGGAUCAAGUUUUGACAGAAGAUUUACCAGCCGCAUCAAAAACACCACCUGCAUCAAUUUCAGAACUUGAUAUGGGAGAACAAGGAGCCGAGCAAAGGGUAACUCGAAGCGUUCAUUCCACGAGCUCAAAUGAGCUUUCUGAGCCAAUUGAAGUUCAUCUGCUGGUUGAUAAAAGUGAAGUGAACCGCCAUAUCAAAUCAAAGGAGCAUCCGCUGUUAGAGGAUCAAAAUUUUACUGCAUGCAUUCCGGAAGCAUCACCAGCAUUGGUACCACUAACGACAGCCUCGACACCACAGCAUCUAACCUUUAAACUACCACAAACAGCAGCACUGCCAAUGUCUUCACCGGAAGAUUAUUUGAUUCACACUGCCUCCCAUAUAAUUUAUAGACAGGUGGCAGAACUAGCAAAAAGUUUAGAGCCAAGCGCUCUAGCUGCGAGAGAUUUGACUUUCUUCAUAUCACACAGAACCCAAAACUCAACAGAAAUUCAAAGAAAUGCUCCACGAGCUGGGGCACCUGUCACCAAUCAUUCAUCAGUCGUUCAGGCUCAUCUUAAUGAUCCAGGGAGGGAAAUGCUUCUCCCGCGUGUACGCAAUUCUUCAAUUCGGCUGCUGCUAUAA